AUGCCGCUGAAGCCGUCGAAGGUGAUGCCGUCCUUUGACGAGCUCCUGGUGCAGAGGCAGCGUGAGGUGAUCUCUGAUGGAGUGGACCCACGCUUUCGGGUCAAGGGUGCCACACUGCGAGCGUGCAGGCGUUCGGAGCUGCUUUGCUCCGAACUCACGGCGAGUUCACUGGAGGUGGAGGAUGAUGACGACUCGAAGCCAGUGUGGUCCUCUAUGGACUCCUCCACAUGGGUGACACAGUUCGCAGAGGGCGUGCCCUUGCCGCCGAAUCGCCGGACGCUUGAACGCCAUCUCACUGUGCUGGAUCAGUUCCGGCAGGAAGUGGAAGGUGCAUCUGUUGAGUUCGCCGAGAUUGUGGAGUCACGCCAGAAAAGCAUUCUGGUGGUAGCACACCGGGACUCCCUUCGAGUGCUCUUCGGAUACCUCGAGGAAGAGGAAGCGAGUUCAGUGUUCGAUGGCACCUCUCAGACGGCCCCCCUGUGCUUUGAGUUCAGCGAAGACGGCACCUUUGUGAAGCAGUACAGCCUGAGCACUCUCAGCCCCGAGUUGGGCUUGAGCCCCUCGCGCCUGGGCCUGACGCGCUUCCACAACCAGCCCGGGCUUCGGUACGCCAAGAUUGGGGAGGUUGUCUUCCUGAGACACGGUGAGAGUGAGUGCAACCUGAAGGAGCAGUUCACUGGCUGGGAAGACUCGGGCAUGACGCCGAAAGGCGUGGAGCAGGCGAAGAAGGCUGGCCGGUACCUGAAGGAGCACGGCUUCAAGUUCGACGUCGUCUUCACUUCCGUUCUGAGCAGGGCCAUUGAGUCCGCCAACUACAUCGGCGAGGAAUCUGGCAACUCCGAUGCUCCCGUCGUGAAGAGCUGGUGCCUCAACGCCCGCCACCCGGGUGUUCUGCAGGGCAUGACGAAGCAAGAGGCCAUCGGUCUGUAUGGCAAGGAGAAGGUCAACAUCUGGCGUGGCAGCUACGACGUGAUGCCUGAGUGCGUGGGGCUGGACGACUCGCGCCAUCCGGUGAACAACCCGCUCUACGCUGGCAUCCCCCAGUCGGAGCUGCCCCCAGGUGGUGAAUCGCUUGCGCGAACGGUGGACCGCAUCGUGCCCUACUGGCGGAAGUGCAUCGCCCCGCGGAUCAUGUCUGGGGAGUCCGUGCUGGUGGUGGGCCACAAGAACUCCCUCAAGGCGCUGUUCAUGUACUUGGAGGACACUUCCGAGCAUGACAUGUUCGACGUGAAGCCUGUCUCCACCACAGCGCCCCUGGUGAUGGAGUUCGGCAAGUGCGAGUUCAGCGGCCGGUUGAUGAUCCUCAAGAAGUACUUUGUCAAGCACACGACGGAAGAGGGGCUGGCACAGAGCCGGUGCAAAGACGGCUCCUUCCACAAGUGA